CAGCGGCGGGGAGGAAGCGCCAGUCGGCGAGCCCAGCUCCGUAGCGAAAGGCAGGUCUCCAUUUUUGCAUGUGUCACGCAGCCCCGGAGUGGUGGCAGAAAUCUCGGAGAGCGGCCAAGGGCCCGUGGGGACGGCGCCCGCAGGCCGAGGUGCUCCGUGGGCCUGCUGCACGCGGAAGGCAGAGAGGAAAUCGGUUCCGCGCCCGCCCGCCCUGCCUGGAAAUGCAGCUUGGACGCGGCCUUUGAUCACCAAGUAAGGCUGCUCACUGACUGGGAGAAAACUGACCUGCCUUGCUCCUGCUAAAAGCAUCUUCCCCUACAGGUAUCAGCAGGUGGCAAAUUAAGAGAGAAGCCUAUCCAUGUCCUCCCAGAGAGCUGAAGCAGCACAGCUUCUUAACAUGGAACUUGCCAAUAUCCAAGAUGCUGUCACCCAGCUGAACAUUCGCGGCCCGACGCUUGCGUUCCACAACGUUCAUUACUCAGUCAGUGUACCCCCGAUGGUUCCUUUCAAAGGAGGAAAAGAAAAGGAAGUUCUCAGAGAUGUCAGUGGCAUUAUGAAACCUGGAAUGAAUGCCAUCUUGGGGCCAACUGGAAGUGGGAAGACCUCACUCCUUGAUGUCUUAGCAGGAUGGAAGGAUCCCAAAGGGCUUAAAAGUGGACAAAUCUUUAUGGAUGGGAAAUUGGUUGACUCUAAUAUUCACCGGUGUUCAGCCUAUGUAGUCCAGGAGGACAUUCUGACAGGAACACUCAGUGUCCGUGAGAACCUUCAGUUCUCUGCCAACCUGCGUCUACCACAGAGUAAACACAGCAGUGCAGAGAAGGCAGCCAAGGUUGAUGCUGUGAUACAGGAGCUGGGCCUGCAGGACUGUGCAGACACCAAGAUUGGGACUGAAUUCCUGCGUGGUGUUUCAGGGGGCGAGAAGAAACGGUGCAGCAUCGGCAUGGAACUGAUCACUUCGCCUUCCCUGAUCUUUCUGGAUGAGCCAACCACAGGAUUGGAUGCUAACACCGCUAAUGCCAUCAUGCAGCUGCUGCACCAACUCUCCAGGAAGGGAAGAACUGUGAUCUUCUCAAUUCAUCAGCCACGCUACUCCAUCUUCAGGUUGCUUGACCAUCUAACCUUGAUGAACAAGGGGGAAAUCAUCUUCGCUGGACCAGCAAGAGAAGCUACAGCCUAUUUCAACAGCAUUGGAUAUCAAUGCGAGCAAUUUAACAAUCCCUUGGACUUCUUUCUGGAUGUUAUCAGUGGAGAAGUUAUCCAGUCCCAAACUAAGGAAGACUUUGGCAGCAAAAGCAGUUUCUCCAGCAGCUCUUCUCUUGACAAGAGCCCCCUGUCCAGAUAUUAUCUCCAGUCCUCCUUCUAUCAAGAGCUGCAAGAGGAGCUGAAAAGCCUGCGGUCAUCUGAGAACCAUCCCUAUGAAGUCACCUUGUCCAAAGCCACUUACGUUACCUCAUUCAUCCACCAGCUCUAUGUUGUGAGCUGCCGUAAUGUGAAGCAACUCCUGAGGAAUCCCCAGACCUCCUUCGGUCAGAUUCUUUUGGGCGCCAUCUUUUCUGUGUUGGUUGGGCUCAUUUACUACCAAAUACCUGACACAAUGCCUGAAGCCUUACAGAACAGGUUAGGAGCUUUCUUUUUCACAGUCCUUACUCAGAUCUUUGGGAAUCUGUCUGCCGUGGAGCUCUUCAUCUAUGACCGAAAACUCUUCAUCCACGAGAGCGCCAGGAAUUACUAUAGGACCUCUGCUUACUUUCUGGCAAAAGUGUUUGCUGAUCUUCUUCCCAACCGUAUCUUUCCUGUGCUGCUGUUCUCUUCCAUCUCCUAUUUCAUGAUGGGUCUCAAACCAGAUGCAAUAGCUUUCUUCCUAUAUGUUUUGUCUCUGAGCCUCACCAACCUUGCAGCCGUCAGCCUGGCUUUCUUAGUGAGCGCCAGUGUCAACUCCUUUGCUGUGGCCAACCUCUUGAUUGCCCUUCCCUACGUCUUCAUGAUGGUUUUUGGUGGAUUCCUUGUAAACCUUAAUUCCAUGUUGAACUGGCUGUCCUGGAUCAAGUGGAUCAGUAUCUAUAGAUACGGCAUGAAUGCAUUAACCAUCAAUGAACUUACAGGGCUAACCUUCCACCUAAAUUCUACCAGGAUCCUGGGAGAGAUGUACAUGGAGCAGCAAGAGAUUGACUAUAGCACUUGGGGCUUCUGGGAGAAUCAUCUGGCCCUUCUCUGCUUGACGAGUGUGUUUCUUUUUUUUGCAUACAUCCAGCUCCUAAGAGUAAACCGUUGGAAAUAGGCCACCAUCUUAAUGAGUUGUUAAGGCAGCAGCUAGACCAUCUCCUCUUGGAGUUGCCCUCUCUACCUUCUUAGAAAGUUGAGGCGGCGGUCCUAAAUAUGAUUACUAGGAAGAAUACUCCAUUGGACACAGUGGGAUUUAUUUCAUAGUGAACGUGCAUUAGUUUGCUCUCUGAGAAUUCCCCCCUCCAAAUGGUGAUGGUCUGCCAAAUUAAUGUUUUGUACAUUAAUCAAGUGGAAAGCCAAAAACAGGUGCAAUCCUACUACUGUAGGAAAUCUAAAAAAAACAGGUUUACAUCCAAGGCUUGAAUGUCUUUAAAAAUAAAAUGUUUAAGCCAGCUUGCCCAGCCUGAUGUGGUCUCCAAGCAUCCCUCAGGACCCAUGCUGGUGGGGGAUGCUGGUACUUGCAGUCCAACACAUUCUGAAGGCACAUCAAGUCAAGGAAUGCUGGUUUAAAUAGGUGCUUUGCUGGCUGACCUUGGUCUGUUCUAUCCAUACAUGGUAACUAGAAUACAAGGAGGGAUGUAGUUUCUUACAUGCUGUACCUCUCUACCGACCUAUCCUGCUGCACCAGUGCACCUUUCCUCUGCUCUUUUCACUAGCAGAGGCCGUCCCUUCCUCCAGCUCUUUGUCUUUUGUUCAUUAGCGUGUUUAUGGCCGCUCAAGGCUGGUUUUCACAAACCUGCCUUACUUGAUGACGGAACCAUCAAGUGCUUAUAUAUGCAGAAAGGCCAUCACGUGUGUAAGAUUGUAGGCAGGAUUUUCUUGUCUCCUAUCACCUCCAAAAUCAGUGUCCUACAUGAACGACAUCAGAUGUGUGUUGAUGCUAAUGCAGCCUCUAACUAUUGGAUGGAUUUGCUUUUGCAGUUCUUCUAAGUAGGCAUGGGACAAGUUGGCCAAGCUACGAAUGCAUCCUGAAAAAAUUCUCAUACACUGGAUUGGACCCAGGAUUUACUUUCCAUGGACUCUGGUCAUGGAAAACGUCUUUGCCCGAUUGGUGAGGGGUCCCCAUUCAGCAGGGCUCCGCUGUCCCUUUGCUUAGGCUCUUCAGGGGCUGGAGGGCAGCCGGGAGAAUGACUGCACAGGCCAAACUGUUCAUCAGCCCAGCUGCAUGUGCUUAAAGCUGGAUUCAAACCUAGUUUGAAUUGUGUGCUACUGUGUACUAGCUUAUGCUCGGGAUCUUUUGGAUGCAUGCUUUGGAAAGGCUUGGCAAGCACCAGGAUAUGCUAGUUUCAGGCCUUCCUGGAGGACUGCCACCGAGUUCUAUUUUGUCACCCAUGUUCUAUAAUAUCUGCAGGAAAUCACUGGAAAAAACCUCCAGGUGGUUGGGUUCAGGUAUCAUCAAUCUGCAUAUGACACUCAAGACCUGUCUCCCCAGCUGGGGACAUUCAGGUGACCAGGAGAGCCUUUUGGCACCUUAGGUGGGCAUGCCAAUGACUACCCUAACUAGACUGGGCCAACUUUGCUCGUUAUUGGUGCUGUAGUGAAAUCUAGGCUACACCAGAUCAUAUGAAGGGCUGCUUUUAAAGACAGUUCAGAAACCUUACCUGAUACAAAACACAGCUGCUCAAAUACCGAGAGGGGCUGGGCAGUCAGAUCAUGUGACACUUUUAUUCUUCCAUAUUCACUGGUUUCCAGCAUAUUUCUGGGACCAAUUUAAAGUGCUGGUAUUGGUUGGUCUUUAAAGUCCUAAUUGGUCUGGGUUCAGGUUACUUGAAGGAGGGACCUUCAGAGCACAUGCUGUGCUUGCAGGUUCAAUCCACAGUAUUUCCAAGUAGGACUGGAAAAACAUAGGCCUGCAACCCUGGAGAGCUACUGCCAGUCAGUGUCAACAGUACUGGGCUAGAUGGACCAAUUGUUUGACUCAAUAUAAAGCAGCUUCCUACAUUGCUAGACCUGCCCGCACCCUGAGAUCACCUCCAAGCCCCUAACUCAGUGCCUACCAGUAAGACCAAUUAGGCUGGCAGGUAGAAGGGGUAGUGCCUUCUCAGUAGUGUCCCCUCCCCACCCUAUGGAACUCUGUUCCAACUGGUGUCUACCUGCCCCCAUCAAUAGAGGCCUUAAAAUGAGCCCUAAAGAUUCACCUGUUUACCUAGGCCUAUCAGGGUCAAUAGUUAUAUGGUGCUAUCCACUUAUAUCUGUUAAUAUUAAUCUCCUUGCUCCAUAUUUGUGAUUGUAAGUUUUGUUGUAUACUAUCUUGGAAGGGUGUCUGCUAAAUUAUAGCUUAUAAAUCUUAAAUAAAUGCGUAAAACAAC